UUUCUAACCUAUAAUUUUAGCUACAGUCUCAACGAUGUUCCCACUCAAACCUGCGAUUUAUACCUGAACUAAUAUACCUUUAUUUGGUUUAUAUACCGUGGCAUGCACCUUUAUUGCCAAUUGUAUUGCUAACAACUCCAAGGCCUUCGCCUACUGCUCCAUCAUGUCUUCAACGAGGCACUGGUUGGACAAAGUCUACCUUGUGUAUUUCCUUAUCCAUCUACCCGUCUUGUUCUGUGUUGACCUCGUACCACUCUACCCAACAUCUCUCUGGGUACCACCUUCGUCCCCAUUUCACUUUCUAUACGAGUUGCGGGUUUAUUACAUAAAUACGUAUAAUGAUCAGUUCUUCGCACCACCGCCGGCAACCAUCCCGAGCUUCUUCCCGUUAUUCGCUUUCCUAGAGCUCGUCUUCCAUCUACCCGUGUCACUAUGGGCAGUCCGUGCGCUCUCUACCGGCGGACUAAACGGUAAUGCCGAAUUGCUGCUCCUCGUAUACGGAAUCGAGACGGCAUUGACUACCGCGACUUGCAUGUACGAAGCAUUCCUCUGGGACCCAGCCGUGGUGACCGCUGAGCAGAAGGUGGUACUACUAGGUGGCCUGUACGGAGGAUACCUUGCCAUUGCUGUCCUGUUGACUGUCGACAUGUAUACACGCCUGCUGAAACGUAUCAACUCGCUUGAGACUAGGAAGAAAAUCCAGUAGUAACCAGUCUAAAUUCGAAACGCAAAGGUGCUAGUAUCACGAGUGGACAUUGCGGAAUAGAGGAUAUGGGUAUUGA